CGGUUGUGAUUUGGUUUCCUCUCGAAAUGACAAGUGACAUUAUUGUAACAAUGACCGUAGUACGACUGAAAGAUUGUGAGAUAAUAACGACUCAACAUGGAUGGGCCAUCCCGAUCGGUCAGAAACCGCAUAAUGCAAUGAGUUUGAUAAAAAUCUUACGUGACUCACGUAUCUGAUUGUGAUCGUUGUUCCUCCUGACAUAUCACUCAAGAUGGGGAGCCCCAACCUCGCUGAGAACGAUAGUCUGGGCGACGAGAGGCGCAAUGACAUACAGGAACUCACGAGGCUUAUCCGACAAACAACCACAUCACAUGAGAAGUUUCCGAAAAUCAAGGUUCCUCUGUUCGAUGGGGAGAAUGUUACGGACUGGCUAGAAAAAUAUGAGUUGAAUGCUCAUGUGCGUCAAUGGACUGAAUGGAAGAUGUUGGAAGUAGUAAAAUGCUAUGUGCACGUUGAUGUUGCAGAAGAACUCGGUGAGAUGGCGUGUAGGACACGAAUCUGGAAAACAUUCCGUGAGCGAAUGUUGGAAAAAUACGAGUUAGGAGACGGAUUGUUGGACGUCUCUGAUCUCCGUAAACUGGGUCGGGAGAAAUUUGAGACGAUCGAAGGGUUCCUAAAAAGGUUUGAGAAGGUAGCUAAGAGGGUUCCUGAUUUUCCCGAUAAGACGAAGUGCAUUAUCUUUCUGACCAACUUUACGGAAGUCGAGCAAAGAGAAUUGAUGAAAGGUUUUACUACCAGGUACGACUGGGAUAAGAUCAAGGCGAAUCUUAAGGUCGGUGACUUCGACCAAAUGCUCUAUCAUCUCCUGCGCAGGCAAAGGAAAAUACAGGAGGAUGAGUUAGUAAGUUGUGAUAAGGAUAAAGAGAUGUUCGGGGCGAUUAUGGAUGUUAGGAUGAUAAUGAAAGAAAUGAGGAAGGAGUUACUGUGUGGCAAGGUAAUAACGGUGAGGCAACAAGACGGCAAGAGAAAAGGAAAAGCGAGGGCAGAAGAGUCCGACGAGGAAGAUAGUGAAAAGGAAGAAGAAGAAGAACCUCCUCGGAAAGCAACGAAGGUCGAACGAAAGGCCAUGAAUCAAAACGGGGAGGGCAAGGUACGAAUGGAAACAAAGCCAAGAAUAAGAAUGGUCAUGGGAAUGAUAAUUGUGAUACUAUCAAUCAGCAUCAGAGACAAUCUCAAGAUACCGAGCCCCGACAAUUUCGGUCGCAAGGCGGAGGAGGCCGGGGGCGUGGUCGGGGAGCUUCUGGUGGUCGCGGUUACGAUUGUGUACACGAACAUUCGAGGCGAGGUGUUCGAUUUCGAAGGGAACCUUAUCGAUUCAUACAUAGAAGGAGGAAUGAGGAAAGAAGCGUUUCGACGCAUGAACCGAACCAUGCCCUGCACUUACCGGUUGACCUCGAAAGAGGAAAUGAAGAUUCUUGAGUCUAGAGAGGUUGCACGCCAGGCAAUUGUUAGUAGGUCUGAUGUUAGUAAGGGCAAGACCGAAAAGGAGAGGGAUGUGCGAAAAGCCUUAAGCUCGAGAAGCGGUUUAAAGACAUUUGGAGGCCAAGUUAAGAGACAGGGUCUCGACAUGGAAAAACUUCGGCUGGGCAUGCCAAAUAUGUUUCUGCUUGGUGGGCACGACGGGAGAAGGGGCGUGGCUCCUUUGGCGCCGUCUCUGUCAGCAUUACGUGUGGAGACGCCGUCAUCAUCCCACCUUCAGACGACCUCUGCGGGAACGCGUUCCGUCUUGAACAGGCCCGUCCUCCGAAGAGGAACGUCACCAGCGGUCCCUCAAGCACAAAAGAUUAAGAAGAGAAUCCAACCUCGAGUCGCGCCCGUUGUCAGUGCGAAGGCACAACAAGAGGUGCCGGUAGUAAUUGUGGAAGAAGACUUGGACACGGAAGAUGAGAAAUUAAGGGCAGAGGACGAGCGCCAGGCAAGGUUACGCGCCCAAAAACGAGGUCUAGAUGAGAAUCAAGAUAAGGAAAAGGAUGAGGGAGAUGAGGAAGAGCACCAGAAGAAGAAGAACCGGUACACAAUUCCGAUUGAGGAAGGGAUCGACAUUGAAAAGAUGGUGGAUCGGACACUUGAGAGUCAUCGAGACUUGGUAACACUCAAGGAAUGUUUGGCAGCCUCGCCAAAGAUUCGGGAAGAGCUUAAGCAAAGACUAACUCGACGAAAAGUGAUGACGGUUAAACUAGGGGAGGUAAUCCCACCUGAGGCAAAUUGGACUCCUGCGGGAGCAAAGAUGGAUUGGAGGUGUGUAGCGACUGGGCACGUAAUGGUCAAGAUAGGUGUUUCACAACAUCUUGCACUCGUUGACACCGGAGCGGAGAUGAACAUAUUAAGGGAAAAUGAGGCGUUCGAGUUAGGAAUUGAGAUUGAUCGCACUGAUAAUGGAUUUAUGGUUGGCGCCGGAGGGUCGACGCCCUUCUGUGGAACUGCCAGUAACGUCAGUAUACAAAUCGACAAGGUAAAGGGAGGGAAAGGAAAAGUGAAGCUACAGUUCGAGAUGGCAUCGAGCUCUCGCCAAGACAAGGUUCAGAAGAUGGUGCGGACUGCGAUCGCUCGCUUAUCCGAGAAAUUGGCAGCUCAAGAGAAGGGAGUUUCUUUGUUCAUAGGGGAUAAUGUGGAAGAGUUCAUUGAUCUUUUCACGAAACUCGCUAACAAGGAACAAUGGACUGAGGAUCAGAUGAGAGACCAAGUGGCUCGGUACUCGAACGAAUAGUGGAGACCCGUUGUUGCUAUUUUUGCAGAGGCGUCAGGAAACUGGACCGAAUUCGUUGCGGUCAUGAGAGAUACCUUUAACUUUGGAAGUAUGGAAGAAAAUAGCAACCAAGCCAUGAUACAAAUCACCCCUGUAAAGACUCAGGCUGGAGUCGGAAACACACCGAUUACAGAGUUACUAACAGGUAUCAUUGAACGACUCGAUGAGUUGGAUCGUCGUGCUACCCGCCUGGAAGGGGCACAGGGAAGGAAAUAUUAUAGGUCGCAGUCAACCACAG